AUGGCGGCAGCGGGUAGCUUCCCUCACCUCCCUCCCCCCUCCGCCCUCCCACACAGGGAAUUCUCCUCGUUUGGAGCGAGCGUCUCUCCAUCCCGACUCGCUGCCGGCGCCUUGGGCGUCCGCCUCGGCCGCGCCCUUCAUCUCCACGCCACCCGGGAGCUGCAGAAUCUCCUCCGCCCCUCCGCACCAUUCUCGGGGCAGGUGAUCGAAACUCUCUUCAUCUCUCUCUCACUCUCUCUCUCUCUCGCUAUACAUGUGUAUAUGUCUACGUUGGGUAGACAAGGGAACAUGAAAAUGACCAAAAGUAUAUUUCUGGAUGAAAUGGGCCCAUCCUUUGAUCACUUUCAUAGUCCUUCCCUGCUCAAAGCAUGGGUCCCAGGCCUGCUGGACGAGGAAAUCAUGCAUUUGACCCGAAAAACCAAUAUCUCAGAAUUAUCUCACCGAUUCCCUCCUACGAAGAAAUAUUUGGUUAGUCAUUCUUGGGAAAUAAAUCUCAGAGGAUCCAUUUUCCCUUGAAAUUUAUUUGAAUGACUUCCAAAUGAAGGGAAUCAAAGGAGUCACGUGGCCUCCUCCCAAUGAGAAGUGGAUUCAAAUAUACUAAUAUAUGCUUUUUCCUGUAUUCUUUCCAUUGUUUUUAUCUUCUUAUGUUGUCAUUGAUCUGACCUGCGUUCCUUUAAUGUUUCUUGGGAUUUUUUCUUUCUAGUUUAUUACCUUCCACACGUUGAGGAAAGAGCGAUUUUCUGCCUUUCUAAUUUUCAAACGACAGCUGUUUUCAACUUAGCUUCUGUCCACAAAUAUUGUCUUACGGGAUAGAGAUUCUCGCGUUUUUAAACAACCUCUUGUUUAUUGAGAUCAGUGUUCAUUCAUGAAGUUUUCAUGUUUCAUUUAUGUAUCUUUAGAAUCUUAUCUGUACUAGGUUUCAUCUUCGUGCCAUAAGAUUCCUCUUUACUUUACCAUGUGAAAAAUCUGAACAGGGUUUCAUUUUAUCUGUACUAGGUUUUAUUUUAUUGUGAAAAAUAUACUUUACCAGACAUAAAUCUGAACUAGCAAACCCAAAUAAUUGCUACUUCCUCCAAAUAUUUCUAUUAUUAGGUUAUCAGGACUCAACAAUCAUAUUUUUCUGUCACGCGUUUGUUCUGCACCUUAAUGUUCUACAUGUGUACAACCAACAGGCCAUUUACUAUGCCGAUUAUUUGACCAAGUUGAAUGAGAUUGGAAGACCUCUUCUCUUGGACAUUUCUUCUAUUCUGGGAGCAACAGCCGCUCCAUUAUCUUGGUCAUGUUCUUCGUUCAUAUAUUUCUUCAGUGGAAGAGGACCAGAAAAAGGACCUGGUGAUGAGGACAAGCUGCAGUUUGAAACUGCUGAAGGAAAUUCUUCCAAAAAAAACAGAGGCCCGCUGUGGACUACUAUUCUUCUCGCUACUAAUAUUCUGUAAGUCAUAAUUUCAGGAAAGAGAAGUAAGCAUUAGCGUGGGAAUGAAUGUUAACAAGGACUAAUGUUUAAACCUUUACCACACUGGCAUGUCACCUUUAGAAACUCGUCCUGCUUCUCAUUAUAGCUUAGUUUUAAGUACUACAUUGAGUUCUCGGCUCAUUUAAAUGAGAAAAUCGAUAAACUACUAGAUAAUUUUUUUAUUAUUUCACGUUUUCUUCAUCUCAUAGAAACCAUCCAUAGAUAGGCAAUUAUUAUGUAUCAACCUAGAUGCGCACUAUUCUUUCAGUAUUGGACCUGAGAUUGGCUUGACUUUUGGUUUUUACUAACAUCAGCUGUUACCACAAAAGUUAGUCGUUUUGUAAUUUCCGCAUUUAUAAUCAUCGAUCAUUUCUUUGAAAAAUUUACCCUUUAAAAAUUUCACAAAUCAUUAUGACUAACUUAUCACCUUCUCCUUGGCUCUUUUCGAAGUCUCGGGGAAUAUUUGACCAUUGCUCCAUUAUUUCAUGACCUGACCGGAAAAACUGGGUUUUCAUGCUGUUUGUUCUAUUAGAAUUUUAAAUGAACUCUCUUCUCGCCAAACUUUAGAUAAGUUCUUCUUACCCCUUCGUACGGUGUUGGUGUCAGACAAGUAGAAGGCCGGACAACCUAAAAAAAAGUAUAUUUUCCACUUGAUCUUCUGACACCCAACUAUAUGGUUGAUGAGAAUGAUGGUGAUGAUGGUGUCUUAGCUCCUUGAAGUUUCAUCCUCUGGAGUUCAAUCAUAUUUGUAUAUAAUAAGUUAUUCUGAAUUUCGCAUUAUGUUUUGAAAACUACAAAAUAUAUUCCAUAAAUUUUCUGAUGCUAAUUUUUUUCUUUCUGACUCGAAUACCUCAGUUUGUUCUUGCAUAAAAUAUGGUUCCCGUCAAUUUAAACGUUCGAAAUUAUUCCCUUCAGCUUGUCAUAGAAAUAAUUUCAUUAAAUGUUUCCAUUUCGUUCGAGGUUUCCAUGUUCCGUGAAUUCGUAGAAACUUUUAGGAGUGUAUUCUCCUUACCUUCUCAAAUUGGCACAUACCUUCGGUACGGAAAUCCUAGCCUCUGUCUUUUAUUCUUCUUUUAUCUGAGAACAAGAGGAAUUCAUGUGUUCACUUGUAUCUGAUGUUAACAAAGAGGGAAACUGCAGUCUGCAUAACUUAACUGAAUCAAACCAUCCUAUUGCACCACGUUCUGGAAUAAUUUCUCCGUUCUUUUCUUCUCCAUCGUUCAUCUUUUUCUUGUUUUUCUAUUAAUGAUUUCAAUUGAGUAUCUUAUCAUCUUUAUAGGCUUUAUGGUGGCCAAAUUCUUACGCAAGGGAAGUUGAUGUUGUGGGGAGCUAAGGUUUGAAAGCUAAAUACUUCCUCUAACUCGUUUCGCUAAUCUCAGAUCUGUAAAUGUUGAAUGUGCGCAGGUCAAUGGCCUCAUUGCUCAGGGACAAGUAUGGAGACUGCUGACAUCAUCGUUUCUACAUGCUAACAUUAUGCAUUUGAUGGUCUGUGUAGAUAAUUAUUUUGAAAUUUUUAUAUCCACUUAGAGCAUUGCCGUGAAUGAAAAGACAUUAUGUUUCAGGUCAACUCUUAUUCUUUAAACUCCAUUGGCCCUCUUAUGGAGAAAAUUACGGGACCGAGAAGGUUUCUUGCAAUAUACUUCUCUUCAGCGAUUGCAAGUAGGAAUUAAUUUACACGUUUUAUAGAGUGGAGCUAUGUGUUCAUGACUUCGUGGAUUUUCUGAUGCUAAUUCUAUGAGAAAACAGGUUCUAUGUUGAGCUACAGGUUCUGCCAAUCACCUUCCGUUGGUGCAUCAGGAGCUAUUUUUGGGCUAGUAUGUUCCUUCAACUCUGAGUUAUUUGUUUACUUCUUCGUUGUUUUCUUUAUUGGAUCCUUUAUCUCUUUAUAGUAGGGAGGUGAGGCAUAAGGUCACCCUAACAUUUUAUAUUUUAAUUUUGAUGAUUUUUUUUAAAAAAAAUUGGAUAGAUGGUGCAUUUAGUUUUAGAAAUUAUCAAAGAAGAUGAAUUUUAAGCAAUGGUAGAGUUAGUUCUUUCUCUUACUCUCUCUCUCUCUCUCUCUCUCUCUCUCUCUCUCUCUCUCUCUGCCUGUAUUUUUUCCUUCAACUCUGACCAUUCUUCAUUGCACUCCUCCCUGCGUUCCUCCAACAAUACAGAACCCAGCUCUGCUACCUGAGCAACCUCUGCCGUAGCUUUGAUCCAAUCAUGUUAACUAAUGUUCUUUCACAGGUCGGAUCCCUUGCCGUGUUCGUAUUGAGGCAUCGGAAGCUAAUCGGCGGUGGCAAAGAACAAAUGCAGCAGAUCGCUAACGUCAUUGCCCUAAAUAUGGUAACAUCAAAUUUUCUGCUGAUCACAAUCUCAUUUCCUCAAAAAAAAAUAAAAAAUGACGGCUUUUUAUCUUACUCAGAUUAUUGGGAUCCUCUCCAAAGGUACCGACAACUGGGGCCAUGUAAGUCACCUCUCUUUAGCUCCAUUCAUCGUUGCUUAUCACUUGGAGCCGGAAAUCGCAGCAUCUCUUCUGUCCUCACUACUCUGGCACUGUGUUUCCAGCUGGGGGGCCUGCUCGGCGGAGCCGCCAUUUCAUGGUUCCUCGGCCCUGCAUGGAGCUACCAGUACCAGGCCGACGAUGGGAGACUGGUCUUUGCCGACAGGGCUCCUCUCUCUAGGCUUCUCCAGAAGAAGAGGAACCAAUAA